UAAAAAAAAAAAAAAAAAGGAAUAAUAUGGCCUUGUUUGUAUGUGUUACAUUUUGUUUAUCCAUUCACCCAUUCACGGACACCUGAGUUGUUUCUACUUUCGGGGUGUUGGAAGUCACACCACUUUUAUCGCUUCUCGGCCUUUUGGCUAAGAUCACGUGGAAGUCACACCACUUUUAAGUGGAGACUUGGCUCCUAAUCUAAUGCUCAUUCCCAUAGCAUCACAGAGGGAAUUGGUUGCUUUAUAUAACCUCCAAUCUCCUCCAAACUUAAGAGGUUUUCGGGGAAAUGGGCAUCUCCUGUGAAAUAAUUAGUUCACUGAAAUAUUGAUGCUGAAAUUUCAUGAAUAAAUGAAUCACACUAAGGUUGGUUGGCCAAUACUUAUUUAAGUCUCCUGAAGAUAAUAUCUCUGCUUUCUCCUUUUCCUUCAAUGAAACACACACACACACACACACACACACACACACACACACACACACACUGGUUUACAGAGAGAUACCAAGGGAAUACCAAAAGACCAUUAGCUGAUGCACUAUCUCUAGCAUUAUUUCUAGAGGGCACCUGGGCGGCUCAGUCGGUUAAGUGUCUGCCUUUGGCUCAGGUCAUGGUCCCAGAGUCCUGGGGUUAGUCUGCAUGGGGCUCCCUGCUCCGUGGGGAGUCUGCUUCUCCCUCUGCCCCUCCCUCCACUAGUUCUCUCUCUCAAAUAAAUAAAAUAAAAUAAAAUUUUAAAAAAUAGAAUUAUUUCUAUAGGUGAAACUUCACUGUGCAACACAGCACAGAACUGCUGCUCUGUAAGCAAGUCCAGAGAGCUCUUUCUCCGGGAUUCCUUUGUCCCUGUGCCAAGCUUUAAGUAGCAAUUGCAUCACGUCCAAACUCAGGUGUUUCCAAUCUACUAGAACACGUGGACAAAGCCUGCAGCAAACCUGGCUUACUUCUGCCAGUCCCAUCCACACUUGGAGUGCAGCUCUUCCCGGGAUCUCUGUGUGGAGGGUGGCUCCCUGCUGGCGUUAGACAAGGACUGAGCUGGAGAAGAGUACAGAGCAGAGCCAUGAAUAUUGUCUUGGAUAUCCUCCAGCUUCUGCUCACCAUCAUCUACUCCUACUUGGAGGCACUGGUGAAGGUUUUCUUUCCCCGAAGGAGAAAAUCUGUGGCCGGGGAGGUGGUUCUCAUUACAGGAGCCGGGCAUGGAAUAGGCAGGUGGACUGCCUAUGAAUUUGCGAAACGGAAGAGCCAGCUGGUUCUGUGGGAUAUUAAUAAGCUUGGUGUUGAGGAGACGGCCGCCGAGUGCCGAAAACUGGGGGCCACUGCGCAUGCGUAUGUGGUGGACUGCGGUAGCCGGGAAGACAUUUAUAACUCCGUCAAGCAGGUAAAGAAAGAAGUGGGAGAUGUAACCAUCCUGGUGAAUAACGCCGGGACAAUAUAUCCAGCUGACCUUCUUAGUACCAAGGAUGAAGAGAUUACCAAAACUUUUGAGGUCAACAUCCUAGGACAUUUUUGGAUCACAAAAGCACUUCUUCCAUCCAUGAUAAAGAGAAAUCAUGGCCACAUCGUCACAGUGGCUUCAGUGUGUGGCCAUGGAGUGAUUCCUUAUCUUAUUCCAUAUUGUUCCAGCAAAUUUGCUGCUGUUGGCUUCCACAAAGCUCUGACAUUAGAACUUGAAACCCUGGGAAAAACUGGAAUCAAAACCUCGUGUCUCUGCCCAGUUUUUGUGAAUACUGGGUUCACCAAAAACCCAAGCACAAGACUAUGGCCUCUUUUGGAGACAGAUACAGUUGCAAGAAGCUUGAUAGAUGGAAUACUUACCAAUAAGAAGAUGAUUUUUGUUCCAUCGUAUUUCAAUAUCUACUUAAUACUAGACAAAUUUCUUCCUGAACGUGCCUUGGCAGCUAUAAAUCAUUUACAGAACAUUCAAUUUGAAGCAGUGAUUGGCCACAAAACCAAAAUGAAAUGAAUAAUUGAGCUCCACCCGGAGAAUUAUGCACCAUAAUGAUGUAAAUCUAAGUUUAGAGUCAAUGCUUCAAAGCUUAAUUUCACAUUUUUCAAUACUGUUAAUAUUAAAAACAUUGGUUUGACAUUAGCAGCACUCAAAUGAACAAGACUAAUUACCUGUCUUUCUCAAGAAUAUUAAUGUAGCUUUAACAGAUCUAUUUUUCAUUCCGUGCCUCUUAAAAACUUAUGGGAUUACAGAAACAUAUUCAAAAGGCCACUUUUCUUAAGAUAGUUUAUUUCUUUUCUUUCCGCGUUGAGGGGGAACAAAGCUACCUCCCUGAGAGUAAAUAGAGAACUUAUUUACACAGGGAAGGUUGAAGACCUUGUCAACAUGUACACCGUGUGAGCUGGCAGUUAGAGGUGAAGUUGAAGCAGGCAGCAGUGUCCAAAGGCCAGAGAGGUUACUUCUGUGAAUUCAGCAUUUGUUUUUUGUUUUUGUUUUUUAAAGAUUUUAUUUAUUUAUGCGACAGAGAUAGAGACAGCCAGCGAGAGAGGGAACACAAGCAGGGGGAGUGGGAGAGGAAGAAGCAGGCUCAUAGCAGAGGAGCCUGAUGUGGGGCUCGAUCCCAUAACGCCGGGAUCACGCCCUGGGCCGAAGGCAGACGCUUAACCGCUGUGCCACCCAGGCGCCCCGAAAUUCAGCAUUUGAAAGAUUUCUCUAGCUUCUCCCUUUUCAUCAGCCCAAAACAGUAUUCUGUAGUUUCUUGCUUGAUUCUGUCCUUUGUAUAGCUCUUAUAUCCACCAAGAGUGGACACUCUAUAUUUUCUGCCCUUUUCGUAAUCUCUUAAAAUACUAUGACAUUGCAAAAGGUGACCCUCUCUUGAAUAUCAGAAUAUCUGAAAUUUUAACCCCAUGAUAACUCUUUCUUUAUAGUUUAUGCUUUCAUAUAUCAUCGGUACCAGAGAUAUUUAGAUAGUUUUGAGCUUCAAAAAUGAAAACUAACACAGAAAAAGCAAACAGGCUGACUACCUAAUACGAGACAAUGGAUCUAAGAGAUAAAAGAGUGGUCUCUUUUUUUAAUAGAAAAAAAAUCCGAUUCCCACUACAUCGAGUAAUCUUGUUUUUGUGUUUUUCUCAAAUAUAAUAGACUGCUUUUACAUCAAC